CAUGAGAAGAUUGGAACCUAAAUCACUUUCUUGCUUCGUUCUUCUAUCGUCCGACUUCUUUCAUCCUAAGUCUAUUUCUAACAGUUCUAACCCUAAUGCUCUUCUUCCAAGUCUAUUUCUUUAGUUUAUCAUUCGAUUCUUGCGAGACACGUUACGUGGGAGGUUCUAUCCAAAGAAUACACGUAACAAGUGGUAUCAUAGCCCGGUUCGAUGACGGGCAUGAGUGAUGGGUAAGACUUGAGCUACGGAAAAUCUGGAGGAGACCGACAAGGGUUCCGUCCAACUUUGCCUCCAAGCCGUGGAGGAGUAAAAUGAUGAUAUGGGAGUACACGUGGGUCAGAUGAUGGAGCAAAUGGAUAAUUUCGACCAAAACCAACACGAUCUCCAGAAGACAGUGACCAAAGGGAUUGCCAAAAUGCAGGAGAUGUUCAACCUUGUCAUAACUCAAACUCUUGCAACCAUGGAUCAGAAGUUUGUGUCUAUGAUGGGCAACGGUAAUAGUGCGACGUCAAAACAAAUCUCGCCCACAAACCGCGAACCGACACCAAUUGCGGGGAGGAGAAGAUGAAGGGCCCAAUGGGAACGCUAAAACCCAACAUGGUCGGCGACAACUUAUCCUAGCCGAUCGGAUUGGAGGGCAUGACCAACAAUGAGGGUACAUGGGCGAUCAGGGCGAGCUCGGGUGGUGGAUCGGGGCUGACUACCUGCUCAGCCGAUCCCUGCGGGGCGGUCCUGGCUAUUUCGACCAAUAUGGGCCAGGAGAGAAUGGAGGAGGCCAGUUGGUAUCUCUUAUGAUUGGGCCGAGCAUGAGAACUGGGUCGGGCAAUGAUUGGGCUCCGGGAAAAUUUAAUGGAGCUAGGCCAAGCCAGGUGUGGUCUACUAGGCUAGGAAUCAAUGGGAGAGAAGAAAAGAUUUGGCUCUUAAAGCCCAAGACAGCCAAACUUUAUUUUCCUAAAUACAAUGGGCAAGAGGAUCCAUCUGGAUGGUUUGCGUGAGGCGAGCAGUUCUUCAACUUUCUUUUCAAGCAAUUCUAGAGGUGCAAAGGGUAUUUUUUGGCAUCUUACCAUUUUGAAGGAGAUGCUAAUCAAUGGUGGCAGUGGGUGGAUCGCACUACUAUAAUGAUCGGGCAAUCAAACACUUGGGCUAGUUUAGAGAAGAGUUGUGGGUUCGAUUCGGACCUUCGGAAAGCACUUUUAGCCACGAAGCUCUUGCAAAUAUUAAACAAACUAGAUCAUUGAAC